GCAGCUCUGCAGCCGGAGAGCUCACAGUUGCUCCAAACUGCUCAGCCCUGAGGCAGCGAGUGCACGAGCCAGGAAGCUAGCGAGCCGAAGCCGGAGCCCAGCCGAGAGGUCAUUUGAUCACUGCCCUCAGCACCAUGGAUUUGCAUCUCUUUGACUACUCAGAACCAGCGAACUUCUCUGACAUCAGCUGGCCAUGCAACAGCAGCGACUGCAUCGGCGUCGACAUGGUGCUGUGUCCCAACAUGCCCCACAAGAGCAUUCUGCUGUACACGCUCUCCUUUAUUUACAUUUUCAUCUUCGUGAUCGGCAUGAUCGCCAACUCCGUGGUGGUCUGGGUGAACAUCCAGGCCAAGACCACAGGCUACGACACGCACUGCUACAUUUUAAACCUGGCCAUUGCUGACCUGUGGGUGGUGGUCACCAUCCCAGUCUGGGUGGUCAGCCUCGUGCAGCAUAACCAGUGGCCCAUGGGAGAGCUCACGUGCAAGAUCACUCACCUCAUCUUCUCAAUCAACCUCUUCGGCAGCAUCUUCUUCCUCACGUGCAUGAGUGUGGACCGCUACCUCUCCAUCACCUACUUCACCAACACCUCGAGCCGCAGGAAGAAGAUGGCUCGCCGUGUGGUCUGUGUGCUGGUGUGGCUGCUGGCCUUCUGCGUGUCCCUGCCUGACACCUACUACCUGAAGACCGUCACGUCGGCUUCCAACAAUGAGACCUACUGCCGGUCCGUCUACCCCGAGCACAGCGUCAAGGAGUGGCUGAUCAGCAUGGAGCUGGUCUCUGUCAUCUUGGGCUUCGCCAUUCCUUUCUCCAUCAUUGCCGUCUUCUACUUCCUGCUUGCCCGAGCCAUCUCCGCAUCCAACGACCAAGAGAAGCACAGCAGCCGCAAAAUCAUCUUCUCCUACGUGGUGGUCUUCCUGGUUUGCUGGCUCCCUUACCAUGUCGUGGUGCUCCUGGACAUCUUCUCCAUCCUCCACUACAUCCCCUUCACCUGUCAGCUGGAGAACUUCCUCUUCACGGCCCUGCACGUCACCCAGUGCCUGUCUCUCGUGCACUGCUGUGUCAACCCCGUGCUUUAUAGCUUCAUCAACCGCAACUACAGAUACGAGCUGAUGAAGGCCUUCAUUUUUAAGUACUCGGCCAAAACAGGGCUCACCAAGCUCAUCGAUGCCUCCAGAGUGUCGGAAACAGAGUACUCCGCUCUGGAGCAGAACACCAAAUGAUGCGCUCUGCAGGGUCUCCGGACAUGUGACCAGGGCACUGGGCUACAUUGUUUUCAACAGUACAGCAAGGUGGUUUCGGGGCUUGAUGCCUGAGUAGCGUGAAGAAGGGAACGGGCAUCACUGUGCAUCUGUUCUCCCUUUCUCAUGCCAAUGUGGCUGUCGCGUGGCUUGGCGUUCUGAUGGUUUUGCAUCACCACCAGGAUUACCUGUCAAAGCCAGCCUCGGGACAGGCUAGCCUGCACUUCUGUAAAAUAGGA